AUGCGCGGUUGUCCUGUCUGUAUCCAAGCCCAAGGACGUCAGCGUAGCCAUUAUCGUUCUAGUGUUACAUCCUUGUACUCGUUGAGCUGCGAUCUCGCCGGCCCAUUUAGGGCAGGGCAGGGCUGGGACCCUAUUGCAUCAGGCCGCGACACCGGCCACAACUUCAAGUAUUUUCUGUCAUGUGCGUUUUCUGUGCCAGUGAGUCCGAAGGAGCUGCAGCCUGUGUUGUCUAAGCCCGGGGAAGAUCUGAGUCUGUAUGCUCCCUCGGAGGAUGAACCUGAGACUGAAGGUAGGGCUGUCCAUGUUUCAAACUCCGUUGGUGCAGAGCGCAUAGAGGGUUUUGAUGAUCUCUUUGAGUGUCUUGAUCAGGAGGAUGUUGAUGAAGGGGAGCAGAAGCUACCGGUCGAGGAGGUUAAAGUGACUACUCGGACUUUAUUCAUUGUAGUUCCACUUCGGACCAAGGGUGGUAAAGAAGUCAUGGCACAGAUUCAAGCCGUCGUGAAUAGGGCGAAAGAGCUUCGGAGCCAUGCCCUCGUGCAGUGGCUCCGCGAUAGAGGCCAGAAGGAGGUUGAAGAGUGGCCACAAGAAGCAUUGGGGCUAGACCACGGUUAUACUACCUUGUACCUGUCCCUCAAUGCCUCAGCGCCGUUACAUAGGGAUGUAAAAAACGAGCACUCUGUUCCGGUGUGGAUUCUUGCCCUGGGGGACUUCCUGGGGGGCGGUCUUUGGGUUGAAGGAAGGGAUAAUGUUGGUCCUGUGGUAAAAACUCUGCCCAAUGGGGAAGUGAAGGCUGGAUCAGUGCUGGAUGUGCACAACAAACCUCACGUUUUUGAUGGAAGGGUUUGGCAUUGCACUGAGUCCUGGCUUGGUAAAGAACGGUGGGUUAUCGUUGCAUAUGUUCCGAGAGGGUCUGAGAAGGUCAUCGGGAAUCAUCUUCAAGAGCUUGAGGAUUUGGGUUUUCCGGUUGGUGGAGUUUCUCUGGACUCUGUGACUGGGUCUGGUGUUCUAGGAUCGGAGGCUGGAAUUGCGAAUUUGAAGUGUAAUGAAGCUGCGGUAUCGCUUGCCUGCGCUUCUCCCCUGGACAUUGAGGAUGAUUCUUGGGAUGACAUUCACUGGGAGAUUGAUUUUCCUUGUGAGGUCUUGGAAAGGGAUUGGCAAGAAGGGGCUGUCAGUGCGCAUGUGGCUUCGUCAAAUUUGUGUAGGGCUCUCACGCUUGAGCUGAGUGACACCAGAGGGGAUGCUCGAGGGACUGCUGAACUUUUCAAUCAACUUAAGGCUGCAUGCCUAGAGCGGGAUUGGUAUGAAGGUUUGCUUUGGCAGGAUUACCUUGAACAGCCAGGUGUCAUUGUGCGGGCAUUGAAGACCGAGAUACCACUAAAUGAGGGGGACGUUCCAUGUGCCGCGGAAGUCUUUCUACAAACCCGGAAUGUUAGCAUUGCCGAAGCUCGUAAGGAGUUGCCGCUUUGGGUUUCAGCUGCGACGGAAGAAGUCCAUUCUCUGGAGGUCUUGAAUGAGGCGGUGCUUCGGAUCGAGACAGCCGACAUUGAGCAGUUAGCCGGUGAAGGAAAAAGGAUUAUCCAGGGGAUCAGUGACGAUUCGUUAUGGUUCAUUGUCAAAUCCGAGGUCGCCGAGGGUGACGCAGGGCGUUGGCAUGGAAUCUUGAUAAUUUACGUUGAUGACCUGCUGGGCUUCGCAUCAUCGUUGAUUCUUAAGAGUCUCUUUGAGGAAAUACAAAACCUCUGGCAGCUAUCUGACCCCGAAUGGAUUGGGACCGAGGCCGCCACGAAGUUUUGUGGCUUAGAAAUCCAAGCAUUGGAAGGAGGAGGCUACCGCGUAUCACAGCGAUUAUACUUGCAGGAACUUUUCACGAGGUAUGAAAUCCAGAGUAGUGCAGCAGUGCCGCUGUCUCAAUGGUGUGACCCGGAGGAGGAGCAUGACGCGAAGCUGGAAACCAUAAGAGAGGCCCAAGCGUUGACCGGAGCAUUGCUCUGGGCAUCGUCGAAGAGUCGUCCGGACAUUGCCUUCGCAGUAAGCAAGCUGGGACAGUUUGCGGUUAAAGCACCGAGCGUUGUAAUCCAAAAGGGUUAUCAGGUUUUAAGAUAUUUAUAUGGCACCGCUGAUCUUUGGAUUGAGUAUCGAAGGCAGAGUGGUAACGGGUGGCUCGACGCCCCGGUACCUCGCACUUUGGGAACCCUGGAGCUCUUCACAGACGCGUCGCAUGCUCCAGAAGGAUACGACUUAGUUGUGUGGUUGUUAGGCGUAGCGAUGACGAUUUUUGCUUUGCUGUGGGCUUGGCUCUUAGUUUAUGGUCCUACGCUGUACCCAACAUCUGGAAGUGUUCUGCAGAGUGAGUACGGGCAACCAGGCGUAGAGGUUGCUCCUGACGAAGCUACUGAAUCCUGUACUCCGUCGGUUGAGGUUCAAGAAAUUCCAGGCGGUGUAGCCCUGAGGGAGACGCCGGAGGAUUCUGAAGGGGCCUUGACGGGUGAGGAUUCAGACUCUGAUGUGUUUGAUGCUGAAGAAUGGGAAAGCUCGCGACAGGCAUUGGUUAAACGGGAGUUGUACACCGGACUUACGUUUGUUCAAAGAGCGAAACUGAGACAGCAGCUUGUAAAAGGGGACAUUGUAGAUGUUCCUAACAUGAUGCAGCGUUAUGGACCUGCACCCUCGUGGUAUACUGGUGUUGAUCCUGAUGACCCCGGCCCCCAGGCUAGUGUCCCGACUCCGAACUUUCAGGAUCUCUGCGGGAUUGGGGAUGCUUCUGAUGCCUACUUUCAAGCCGGUGGUGUGCCGUUCGGUGGGGAUGAAGGCUCAGAACUAGGGAUUGAAGGUGAUGAGCAAGAUCCUUACGUUCAGUGGCCUUUACCGGGUCCUCAUGAUGAGUGGCCUCCGCGGGAUCCUGGGCAGUGGGAAGAUGCGUUUAAUCAGCUGUUCGAUGGAAGUGAGGAGUCUGACAGUGGCGAUUCUACCACU